GUUCUGAGCGUGUUCCGCCUGAAACGUCACAAAACGACAACAUCAACAAUCCACCCUCUCCCGGUACAGUUAACUGUAGUUGCUCAAGUUUACCACGGGAGGCAUUUAUUUGAUCAUCAUGAUCAUGGACAACCAGAAAUCGACCAGCAAAACAACGCUCCUCAAGCUGAUGCUGCUGCGGGCCUGGAAGGAACGCUGGACCGAUUGCCAGUGGGGAAUCAACGUGAAGGCGGUCCUAACACGUGGUGUAAGCGGAGAUGUCUACAAUUUGGCCGAUUGCAUUCUGCAGCAAGCAGUUGUUGGAUCCGGCGCCAACACCUUGUUCCUAUCCUACCUGAAGCACUCGUUGUGCGCCCACCUGAUCUCCCACGCGGCCGUGCUCAAGCGCAUCUCCAAGUACGAUCACUUCGAGAUGCACCACUGCUUGAUCGCGUUGCUCGAGUUCCUGGAGUCGAUCAUCGGUGGCGUGACGUGCCGCGGCAAGCAGGAGGAAGGCCUGCUGACCAAAGCAAUGCUCUCGCUGGUCUACUGGUUGAUGCAGAUCUACGAGCACGCGAUCGAGACGUUCAGCGAGAACCGAUCGCUCACCACCGAGCAACAGGAAGUGGUGGAGAAAACGGCGAAUGUGCUGGAGAAGAUCGUGCAGAGUCAGUUCUUGUUGGGGGUGGUUUUCGUCGGAAAAUUCGAGGACCCGGAACUGUUUGGAAUGCUGGCGAAGAAAUGUCUGGAGAUCGAGAAUUUGACGGUAAAGUCUGGGUUUGUUCCGCCAGUGGUUAGCCAAAAGAAUGUAACGGUCAACGACUACAUUCGGAAGGUGGCUAGUAUUGAGACGGAAACGUUGGAGAUUAAGGAAUUCGAUGGGAAGGGUGUGGAACCGAUCACCUACUGCAUGCAGCCGUUGAUCGCGAUCGAUAUUCUGUUCAAUCCCAACUGCGACACCCAGAUGUAUGUGCUGGAGUUCCUGUCGAUCCAAGCGCUGAAGGGUUUUCCGCUGUCUAGGCUGUACUGCGAGAUUAUCCGCGCUUGCUUGACAUGCCUGAACAAUGUGAGCGGAACUAGCAGGGAAUCGUACAUCUGCGCGUUCACGUUCAUCAAAGUGCCGCAGAUUAUGCGUCAGAUUCAUCUACAAACGAGAGUGCUUACCCCGAACGACUUUGAAGAUGCUAAGCUGGAUUACUCGCCGGAUGUCGUUGAGGCUUUUGAGCUGCUUCUGCAGGAUUCCGCAAUCUUGGACUUCAUGGAUGCCAAGUGCGCUUGCAAUACGGUGGAAUACUUGCUUAACGAGAUGCUCAAGCACCACUUGAUCAACGAGAAGUACUCAAAGCUGAUCGCAGCCAAGCGGGACGGGAUAACCAGCAGUUUGCAGAAGCUCGAUUUGAACACUAAUCAGCAUUCGAUAGUGAAGUUUGUUCUGCGAGCAGAGCCUCCCUUGGUCGGUAUUCUGAAGACCCUCAGCUCCGAUUACAACAAGGUUCAGGAGGCCUUGCUCGGGAUGCUUUGCCAGGUGCUGUCCGGUAACAGUUUCGAGCUGAUUCUGUCCGUCGCCACCGUUGAGGGGAAACUCAAAACCUUCGUCGCGGGAUUGAUCAAAUGCAACGAGAAUUCCAAGCAGGUCCCCGGGGAAAUGGGAAAACCUGCGAUGACCCGGGCAGCUCUGUUCGACGUGUCCUUCCUGAUGUUGGUCUUCAUCGUGCAGAAUUACGGUUCGGAGGGGGUCCUGACCGACGGCACGGAUUCUUUCUUCGAGAAGUGGGUCCGAGAAUGCAUGGUAGAGAAGCACAAGUCCAAAUCUCCAAUGAACAUGGUCAAGCUCUGUGACCAGAAUAAGGUCGAUGAGCUCAUCGUGAGUCUGAAUUCUCCGGACGGCUUGAAGGCGACUUCCCUCAAGUGGCAGGAAAUUUGCGCAAACAUUCCCGGUCUGCUCUAUCAGGUACUUCUCGCGUGGGAAAACGAAACCCUUUCCACGGGGGAGAUCAAGAAGUUCCUGGACAGCCUCAAGUCCAGGUUCUGCUGUUUCUCGAUUUGUGCCACGUCAUGGCUGUGCGCAUACAUGCAAAUCAUCCGCCAGGAUGAACUCCUGAAACCGAUGAAUAUGAUUCAACAGUUCGUGACCAACAUCAGCUCCGAGGAGAUGAUGCAGCAGGAAUACCUGAAGGAACGCCUUGGACUAACGGUGCAGAUCAUCCGCAAGAUGCAGAUCGACUUCCAACGACUGCCGGUGGCCAGUCCCAAGAUGAGAAACCAGCUGCAGUCGCAGAGUUUGGUUUCGCAGGCCCCGCUGGAAGAGCAGUUCGAGGAGGUGUGGAAGGGAGUGCUGGAGAAGGGCUGGCUGCCAAUCGAGGCGACGCUGGCGCUGGAGAAUUUGCUGCAGUCUUGCGGGCCGUUCUGGCUGGUGGAUAAACUGGUGCAGCAAAUUUUCCACUGCAAAUAUAUCAGGGAGAUGAAUAAAACUAUGGAUAUCGUUUUUGCGAUCAUGCAUUUGGAUAUAGAACGUUGUACCAUUGCACUGCUCUCUCAGCUGGUCCCGAUGAUGCUGCUCAACAAACUACAAAUAUCGGAAAUCGUCGAUCCGUUCUCCAGAGUUCUGGCCAAACUGUGCGUCUACUGCAUUGUGGCCACCAUGGAAGCCCCGGCCGUGCCCACCAAGAAGCGUUCCCGCGCAGCCAUCACUGCCGAAGGCGACGAACUGGACACGCUCUGCUCCACGCCCAAAAUGCGCAAGAUCGGUUCCGAGUCGUGCGACUCCAGUUCCAGUGAUUUCAUGCUGGAACAGGUGCUGGCUGCCCGGGACAACCCGGCGCCGUUGAAGGAACCGCUGCAGGGCUGCCUGCAGACACUUUUCCGCACCUUUUCCCAGUACAUCGUGUCGGAUGAGCUCUCGCCGAAGAUCUUCUUCAUGUUCCAGCUGCUGUCGCUGCUGGUCGAGGUGGGCAAGGACCGGAUCAAGCCGGUUUUGAAGUUGAUCCCCAACGGGCUGAUCCAGAACAUGAUGAAGAUCAACGCCACGGACGAUAUGACCGUUGGGUUCAUUCUAAGGUUAUACGACUUAAACACCGCUUCCGGUAGGCAGUUUGCCAUGUCGGAUCUCUGCCUGUUCCGAAACAUUCAGAUGCGUAAGGAUAGUAUUAAGCUGUAAGUAUUACUGUAAACAUUUUCUCAUUUCGGAUAUUCUAUUUUACACUUUAGGACUCCUUCUCUGUGUAAAGAAGAGAAUAAUCUUAAUAAUUCCUAAGUUAUUUUUAUUCGAUCGAUUAAUUUACAGUUUGGUUAUUGAA